UCUGGAGCUAGUUUGUUAGAUAUAUAUAUAUACAUAUACACAUAUAUAUAUAUAUAUAUAUAUAUAUAUAUAUACACAUUUACUGUGUAUAAGCUCCUCGUAUCGACCUGGUUGCACGCAGCUGACGUCCUCACCUGCUCCUGUCUCUGAAACAUUGAUCUUUAUUUCCAGGCUGAAGAAGUUGCGAUCGAGUGACGUCAGAUGUUUUAACAAACACGUCGUAAAAAGAUCAUAAUAAAAAAACAAUAUAUAAAAACUUCUGGAAUGUUAUUGGUCGGACACAGAGAGGGCGGGACUUCGAGGUCAAAGUUCAUUUGAACCCGGAACAUCAACAAAGUGACUUGACUCCCUCCGGUUCUCACCGACAUGUUGUCCGCUUCACUGCCCACAAACCGUGUCCUGCUGGCGGCUGUCGGCCUGCUGCUCGCCCGCCCGGCCUGCUCCUCUCGCUCGCUCCCGGACAUCCCGCACAUCGCCACUUACUUCGGGACGAAGACCCGGUACGAGGAGGUGAACCCGCAGCUGCUGCGGGACGUGUCCUCCUUGAACGCGUCCGUCCUCAUGGCCCCGGACAGCGAGCGCUGCUCCCCGGUCCACCUGACCGCCGUCAUCCGGCACGGGAGCCGCUACCCGACCGCCAAGAACAUCCGCAGGAUCCAGAGACUGAGCGAGCUGGUCCGGGGAGAAGCCUCCAGAGGCCCCGGCUCCGAGGACUGGCUGCGGGACAUCCAGAGCCGCUGGGAGAUGUGGUACACCGAGGACAUGGACGGUCAGCUGGUGCUGAAGGGCAGGGACGAGCUGCGGCAGCUGGCCGGACGCCUGGCCGCCAUGUUCCCGUCCCUGCUGUCCCUCGAGCACCUGACGAAGAGGAGGGUCCGCUUCACCACGAGCUCCAAGCACCGGUGCGUGAGCAGCGUGGAGGCGGUGCAGGACGGGCUGAUGGAGCACUGGGGCCACGCCCACUCCGCAGAGGACAGGUACACACACGUUGUGGACGAUGAGCUGAUGCGUUUCUUUGAGCGUUGCCGUGGUUACGUGGAGGGGGUGGCCAACAACCGCUCGGCGCUGCUGGAGGUGGACAAGUUCAGAGACGGGGACGAGAUGGAGGGAGUGAGGAGGAGGACGGAGGAGAGACUGAACCUUCCUCAGCACCGACUCACACCAGAUCUUGUUGAAGCAGCGUUCUUCCUGUGUUCCUAUGAGCUCUCCAUCAAAUCUCUUUAUUCUCCGUGGUGUUUCCUGUUCGACGAGAAUGACGCCAAGGUGCUGGAGUACAAGUCGGACCUGAAGCAGUACUGGAAGCGCUCUCAUGGUCAUGUGAUCAGCGGUCUGUCCAGCUGUCCUCUCUUCCAUCACAUCUUCAGGACGCUCGACAGAGCUGGACGUCCCCGCAGGUCCAGCGAGGCGUCCCCCGAGCCGGCCUCCAUCCUGCUGGGUCACGCUGAGACGCUCCUCCCCCUCCUCUCCCUGCUGGGACUCUACAAAGACCAGACUCCGCCCACUGCCAACAACUACCAAUCACAGCACGGAAGAAGUUUCCGGACGAGCCGGAUCGUCCCGUACGCCGCCAACCUGCUCUUCGUCCUGUACGACUGCCAGCGAGGCCCCCGGGUGCAGCUGCUCAUUAACGAGUCGCCGGUUCGAUUCCCGGGGCUGGAAUCGGAGGUUGCCCCGCUGUACCGGGACGUCCGGGCCACGUACCGCCACCUACUGGACGGCUGUGACUUCCACAGGGAGUGUGAGGGGAGGGGCGGAGGACGAGGACCAAACACUGAGCUCUGAGAGGUGAGGCACCAGGUCCCUCCCUGUCGCCAGCUGUCCAAUCACAGCCCAACUGUUGACGCAUCAUGUGACCGCGCCUCGUCCUGCAGCGUCCUCUGGGGACACAACCGACGCUGCACGAGACGUCGAGAAGGUCCACGACUGACGGAUGACCGUCCAGUUCGAUUUAUCAUCUCUGACCAGUAACACAGGUCUUAAUUUCCUCUUCUUCUUCUGCACCGAUUUAAAGGCAGCCACGCCCCCUGCAGGGGACUCGGUGACCUUUAACCUUUGAACCUUAUCAAGGACACAGUUUAACUUUGAAACUUUACGUUUAUUUAUUCUGAUGUUAAUGAUCAUAUGACGGGUUUGUUUGAUUUUCUUCUGAUUCUGAUUGUUGAUGCUUUGACCAAUGGGAUGUCUCAGUCUGAGGGAAGGUUUUCACAAUAAAAGCUCUGGCUAGUCUGUAGUGAUGGAAAUAGAUUAGUUUUGCCGUCGGGGGGGAAUUUGUUUUUGGUCUUUGUGCUUAAAAUGGUUAAAAGUGACGAUUCAGCUUUUUAUAAAUUGUCCCUUUUUCAGAUUAUUUAAAAUUACCCUUUUUGUUUUUAUUUUCUUUGAUGCCAAAUCUAUCUUAAUAAAAGCUUUAAAAAGACA